AUGGUUAAACUAGCCGAAUACUCCCGAACCGCGACGUUUGCGUGGUCCCACGAGAGAAUUCCCUCCCUUGUUACUGGAACGGCCUCUGGGACAGUAGAUGCAAACUUUUCGAGCGAAUCUGCUCUAGAAUUGUGGUCGUUGCUAGCCAGUGAUCCUUCUAAACCUAAGGCCUCACUUGCUGUGGAUGCAAAGUUCAACGAUCUCGAUUGGUCGAAUGAUGAUAAAAUUAUCGCUGGUGCCCUGGAUAGCGGUGUAGUUGAACUUUUCUCUAGUACAGGCGACUCUUUGAAAUCAGAAGCGCGUUUCCAGCAGCAUCAGGGUGCCGCAAAGACUGUCAAGUUCAAUUCAAAACAGAAUAACGUUUUAGCAUCUGGUGGUAGUAAAGGUGAGAUCUACAUUUGGGAUUUGAACACUUGUCUGAAGAACUCUGAGGGCUACACACCGUUGACUCCUGGUGUUGCAAGUACUCCAAUUGAAGAAGUUACUUCUUUAGCUUGGAAUCAAUCGUUGGCACACGUUUUUGCCUCUGCAGGGUCUACAAGUUACGCGUCAAUCUGGGAUUUAAAGGCAAAAAAGGAGGUUAUCCAUUUAAGUUAUGCUUCACCAAGUACUGGCUUGAAAUCACAACUAUCAGUCGUCGAAUGGCACCCAAAGAACUCUACACGGGUGGCUACAGCCACCGGUAGCGACACCGAACCUUUGAUCCUGGUUUGGGAUCUGAGAAACGCAAACACCCCACUACAAGUCCUAUCGAAGGGUCACUCCAAGGGAAUCUUGUCUUUGGAUUGGUGUUCUCAAGACGAAGAGCUUUUGCUGUCCAGUGGUCGCGAUAACACCAUAGUGUUGUGGAACCCAGAAUCCGGGCAGGAAUUGACUCAGUUUCCAACGCGUGGAAACUGGUGUUUCAAAACAAAGUUUGCACCAGAGGCUCCAGACCUUUUUGCUUCUGCAUCGUUUGAUAACAAGAUUCAAGUACAGACUUUACAAAACCUGGUUAACACCUUGGACCAAGAACAAACCGAAUCUAAGCAGAAAGAAUCUGAGACAGAUUUUUGGAAUAAUGUGACUCAGGAGGACUCAAAUGAAAAACCAAACAUGAUUCAUCUACAGGCUCCAUCAUGGUACGGUAACAAAUCUCCUGCCGCUCAGUGGGCCUUUGGUGGUAAAUUAGUUCACAUCAGUGCUGACGGUAGAAGUGUUUCUAUCACCAAGCCAUCGCUACCGGGUCUUGAAGAGAAUACUAUGUUAGAUCAAGCUUUGAAAAGUAGUGAUUUUAAGCCUCUGAUAAAUAGAAGAUUGGCCAAGACUAUUGAUGAUACCAACGACGAGGACUGGAAUCUACUUGAAAAGCUUUCUAUGGACGGGAAGGACGAAAUACUAAAGGAGGCAUUUACUUUUGAUGAUGAAGAAGAAAGAAAGGAAAAGAACAAGAUUGACGAAGGUGAGGAUUUCUUUGCUAACAUCGAGGAAGCUUUUCAACCAGAGGGAGAGUUUAGUUUAUCAAGGGGUGUUGAGAAACAAAUCUCACAAGAUGUCGUCGGCGGUAACCUGAAGUCUGCUGUAUCUGCUUCAUUGGACGAUGAUCUACUUUUAGAAGCCAUGAUUAUCGCCCUUGAUUCGGGCGACAAGACGUUGAAGGAUUCUGUCAAGAGAUAUUACUUCACAAAGUAUGGUAACAAGUCGCCAUUGUCGAGAUUCUUGUUCUCUAUUUCUAACGGCAACGCAGAUGAUUUGGUGAAGAACUUGGAGAUUUCGCAAUGGAAGUACGCUGCUAAGGCAAUUGACAGAUUCUAUGCAAAUGAUUUGCAGUCAAAGAAUGAGCAACUAGAAAAGUUGGCUUACAGACUUCUGGAAUCCGGCAACAGACAGGAUGCUAUUCUUCUCUACCUAUCAGCAAACUCUUUGGACAAAGUGGCAGAAGUCUGGCUAAAGGAAGCUCAAGGAUUGGAAGAAAAAGUGCAAAAAAACAAAGGGUCGCUCUAUGAAGCUCAUUCUGAGAGUUUAACUGAAUUUAUCGAAAGAUUCACAGUUUUGGCGAAGCUCGUUGGUGAAAAGACCAAGAUUACCAACGAAGAUCUCAUCUCCAAGUUCAUGGAGUACGUGAACCUAGCAUCAUCGAGUGGUACAUUUGAUUUAGCAUACUCAAUCUUAGAAACUUUGCCUGCUGAAAAUCGUGAGGUUCAGCUGGAGAAAGAACGUGUACUGCUCGCUUCCGGUAAGUCGGUCAAAAACGUCAAGUCCGCUCAAAAGGCUUCUUUCGCUCAGCCAUCUAUGAAACCUGCUGCUGGCGCUCUACCAUAUGGUGCUGUAACUCCAGGUUAUGUGCCCCCAGGUGGAGUAUUGCCUAACGCUCGUGUGGGCCCUCAAAUCGCACAACCUCUUGCAGGCUCGGUCGGCGGCUCCAACACUAAUCCAUAUGCGCCUCCUGCAGGAUCUCCAGCACUGGGCACUAGAUAUGCACCAACAACAGCUUCUCCUAACACUUAUCCGAUGAGUAUGCCAGCCGCUACGCAGAGCUCUUUCACUCCACCAGCAAACCCUUAUGCUGCAAGCGCUGUCAACACCGCAGGAGUUCCUAUCGCUGGACAAUCUUCCUACACGCCAUUGAAUCCCAAACCUGUUCCAAAUUUCAUCUCCUCUCCACCAGCGUAUGGAGCUGCCGAGCCCCCAACAGGACCACCACCUCCAACGGUGGCAUCUGGUCAAACUCCUUCUCUAAACAGAAAAGCGAACGAUGGUUGGAACGAUUUGCCACUACCUGUAAAGGAGAAGCCAUCUAGGGCUAAAGCGGGAUCUGUUGCACCAGUGAAGAUUGCCGCGGCCCAAACUGCUGCACCAGCUAACGGAAUCUCGCGUCCCCCCUUAGUAGGCAAAGUCUCAUCGAUGACACCUUCUUUAUCGUCACCGCUUCCUCCACCACCUGUAAAGAGCAGUAGGAUGGCAUCCGUAUCCUCCAAUGGGUCAAUGAUGUCCAAUUCUCCAAUGACUGGCUCUACGAAUCCUUAUGCGCCACCAGUGGUGUCCAAUAUAUCCACACCAAGAGUCAAUGCAACAGACUAUUCAGCACCUCAGGCUCCUGCAAUCGCUAAUCCCUAUGCACCCCCAGCUGUAUCAUCACCCAAACUGAACCAGCCAAAUCCAUACGCACCACCCGCCCAGACUGCUCCAAUGGCAGGGCUACCAUCAAAUCCAUAUGCCAACCCAGUUGGCCCAUCACAACCUCCAGCAGCUCAAAAGCCACCAAUCGGUCCACCUCCAGUGGGUCCACCACCAAUGAGCCUGAAGAAGAAAAAUCACAGUUAUACCACUGUAGAGAAUGCGAGCCAUCUUUUGGAGUCGGUCCAAAAAAAGCCUGAGUCACCAUACUCUAGGCCCCAGGUAGCUGCUCCACCUUCAGCGGACACUGCCCCAGUCUUAUCGGCAGCGGUAGUCGGAGCAACUGCUACUUCGGCUGCUGCUCCUGAAGGAAUUCCAGAAGAUCAACAACCCAUCAUGGACUUUCUGAAAGAAGAACUAGUACGUGUGACACCGUUGAUACCCAAGGAGUAUACUAAGCAGCUCAAAGACUGUGACAAGAGACUAAACAUCUUGUAUGGUCACUUGGAAAAGCAAGACCUUUUGACACAACCUACCAUUGAUAAACUCCGCAGUCUAACUCAGUUUUUGAAGGAGAAAAACUAUUCAGAGGCAAUGCAAGUACAUGUCGAUAUCGCCACUAACCACGCACAAGAAGGUGGCAACUGGCUUACCGGUGUGAAAAGACUAAUUGGUAUCGCUGAAGCUACUUCCAGUUAA